AUUUAUUCAUAAAAUUUUUUAUAAAUAUUUAUUGAUUGUGUCAGAAAUGAAUCAAAUAUCUAGAGAAGAAAUAAAUAUCAGACGACUUUUAACAAGAUGUGAAUUAAUGGCAAAAGAUGAUCCUCAUAAAGAUUGGAAACUUGAAAAGAUAUCAAUUAUUUCAGUAUAUCUUUACUUUGGAUAAUAUGAUUAAGCAUUUACAAACAUUAUCAAGUAAACCAUCUAAAGAUACUAUGAUGAGUUAUAUUAAACGAAUAGAUUUUUUAAAAGGUUUAAUAAAUACUUCUAAACUUACAAAUCCAGUAGACAGAGUUGUAGCAGUACAAAUGUUACCAAAAAAUUCUACGACUUUUAAUGAUUCAAUUGGUCCAAAUAUAACAACCCAAAUACAUCAAAAAACUUCAGCAAAAUAUAACAGAGAAUUACGAGCUGAGUUAUUUCAUAAUGAUAAAGGAAUAUCAGAAGAUGGUAUAAGACAAAGAUCAUCUACUAUGAAUAUGCAAGAUGAUGAUUUGGAUGCACUUUUAAAAUACAAUAGAAAUAUUCAAGAAAAAAUUGCUGAAAAUAUGCUUUCAAUGACUAGUAGUAUAAAAGAACAUGCUUUAGCAGCAAAUGCUAUUAUAAAAAAGGAUAUUAGUUUGCUUGAAAAAUCUGAUAAAUUAACAGAUAUUAAUACAAAUAAACUAAAAACAGAAUCAUUAAAAUUACAAGAACAUACACAAUCGUAUUGGCGAUGUUGGAUGUGGGUAAUGAUUGCAUGUGUUUUAGUUAUAUUUUUUAAUAUGGUAUUAUUUAUAAAAGUUGCAAAAAAAAGAGUUUAGAUUUAAAUUAAUAAAUAAUUAAUAAAUAUAUAUAUAAUUAAUUAAAACAAAUAAGAUUGUAUAUAAAUGUAAAUAAUACAUUUAUAUAAUUUAUAUG